CCUCUCUCUCUCUCUCUCUCUCUCUCUCCAUCAUGAACUGCCACAAUCCGAUCCACCAUUUUCCUGCUAUCAUCAUCACUCCCCUCUUCGCCUCCAUGCUCGCCCUCGCCUCCACUUCGCCGCCACCAGAAGCCGCCAGAGAUUGCUCCGGCGCGGUGGUUGCGUUCUCGCCGUGCCUUCCCUUCAUCUCGUCUCCGCCGAACAACGUCUCGUCCUCGCUCUCCUCUCAGUGCUGCGAUAUCUUCAAUUCGCUUUUCGACAACCGCGGUGCCGACUGCCUCUGCUACUUUGUGCGGCAGCCUCUGAUCCUCGGCUUCCCUCUCAACUCGACGAGACUUCUUUCUCUCUCUUCUCGUUGUCCUCUGACAAAUUCUGGAUCAAAUACGAAUGGCUCUCUCGAAUCUCUCUGUUCAGGAUCGUCACCACUGCCUCCUCUGCAACGCAUAACAGGUUCUAUUAAUUCUCCACCUCCUCCUGUUGAUGCUUCUGCAACACAAAACCCGUCAACCGCAAUACCAAGCUCACCGCUUGAGUCUGCCAAAUAUUCACCUGCAGCAAAACAGAUUUACUGCAGCGACUGGCUUUCUCUUGGACUGGUUAUUUUACUUGUUCCCAUCUUCACCAACCUUCACUGCCACACCCAUCACUGA